AUGGUGACGCGGGGGCCGGCCCAGGCCCUGCCUGUCUCCAGUGGACCCGCGCCCCGCCCCCUGCAGGCUCGAACUCUGUCUCCUGACAGCCAGGAUCCCACCUCCUACCGGCCUAGACCCGGCCCCCUGCCUGUCCUCCUCCUAAUGGCCCAGACCACAACCCCUGGCAGCCUUGACCCGCCCCCUGCCUGUCCUGACCCGCCUCUCGCUGGCCCGAGCCUGCCCCGCCUCCUGCUGGCCGGGUCCCCACCCCGCCUCCUGCCGGCCCCAUCCCGCCCCCUGUCUGUCCAGACCCGCCUCCUACCGGCUUUGGUCCCCGCCCCCUGCCCGUCUAGACGCGCCUCCUGCUGGCCCGACCCCGCCAGAGACAACUGCUUUCCGCAGAUAAGAGGGAGCCUCCUGUCUGUCCAAACCACAGCCCCUCCGCUCCAGCCAAGGCCUGCAGAGUAG